UACGGAAAAGCAACAUCACAAUCCUCUCAACGUGCGACGAAAUUUUUCCAUAAAUCAAGAAUUACCAGGAUCUAAUGAAUGAGCUGUUUAUUUUAAAAUGUAAUAUUUAAACACGUAAACAGUAAUGAUAUGUGGGAUAUAUUUCCGUGAUUAAUAAGCCAACGCUAAACCGGUUUAUCUAGACAGGCCACUGCUGCAAUGUUGGUCUCUGUAGUGUAGCCUAACUAAACCUGAUUGAUCUAGUUUAUCACCUUACUUUUUUGAGAUAAUGGCAUCGCCCGAAGGAAAGAUUGCAUUUGUCAGCAAUCUCAAUGGAACGACUCUGACGGAGGUUUCUCUCGGAUCCUUCCUAGCUCCGGUGUGUUUUCUCAGCCGUGGACUCUUCCUCAUAGUCUUUCACCUGGGAAAAGGGGUCCUACCUUUCUCCUGGGGAGCCCAUCUAACGUUGGACUUCACUACAAUAAUAAUGCCCAUGGUCCUGUCAUGUACCGCACUAAGCGACAUCCUUCAUUUCAUCAUCAUGGGCAUAGCCAUAGUCGAUUUCACAGUCUUAUAUCUUGUAUACAAGAACAAAAAGAACCCAAGUUCCCUCAAAAACACGAUUGAGAAGUUCGUCCAGAGCGGAGCAGAAUCCAACAUGGUCCCAUUUGUGACCAUAUUUCGAGUUCUGGUCAAUGUGAAAACCGCAAUAAGCAUCUUAGCUGUUGAUUUCAGCGUCUUUCCAAGACGUUAUGCGAAAACGGAGACGUAUGGAACCGGCGUGAUGGAUUUCGGUGUGGGAGCGUAUGUAAUGGCCAAUGCAUUAGUGUGUCCUGAAGCAAGAGGAAAGAACAUUCAAGGAUCGAAGCUCAGCCAUGUGUUGAAACAAGCCAUUUCUGUGUGGCCUUUGGUUUUGUUAGGGUUUGUGAGACUAGCGAGCGUCAAAUCUUCUGGAUAUCAUGAACAUGUUACAGAAUAUGGGGUCCACUGGAACUUCUUUUUCACUUUAGCCAUCGUCAGAGUCGUAGCAUCUGCACUUCUGGCUCUAUUUCCAGUGAGCUGCUCAGGAUUUCUUGCUCUUCUCAUCUGCGGAACGUAUCAAGUUAUGUUGGAGACGACGGAUCUGAAGUCAUUUCUCAUUCAUAAUACUGAACGCUCAGGAUUUGUGCUGGCAAACAGAGAAGGGAUAUUUUCGGUUGUAGGUUAUAUAGCUAUCUAUAUGGCUGGCGUUCAUGUUGGAUGUUACCUCAUGCAGAGCAGAAAUUUGGUUAAAGAUUGGAUCAGAGUGAUCCGUAACCUUUUGUUAACCAGCUUUGGGUUGUUUUUGGUUCUAUAUGUGUGUCAGAGAAACAUCGAGCCAGUGUCUCGCAGAAUGGCCAACCUUCCUUUCUGUAUCUGGACCGUAGCACAGGCUCUGUUCUUUCUAUCUUGCAUUAGCAUUGCUGAUUUAGUGCUGCUGUUCGCUAAAGUCGUGUCUAAUUUUUCACUUGUGCCUACGUCCUGGUGUCCGAAUCAGAAUAAAAAGUCCGAUGAGAAAACGAGACGAGAUAUGGAUGGGUUAUGCCUCAUACAGGCUGUUAAUAGGAAUCAGUUGUUGUAUUUUCUCCUCGCAAACAUCUUGACGGGUUUGACCAAUGUGCUUGUGGACACUAUGAACAGCAGUGAUGUUUUAGCCGUGAGCGUUUUGCUCGGGUAUAUGUUCAUGAACAGCUUGGUCAUAUUCGUUUUGCAUGUUAAUAAAAUAACCAUCAAGUUCUGGUAACACCUUUUCAUUUAAA